CUGCCUUGACGAUUUGCACAGAGUGGUAGCCAGGGCACCAAAGCACUGUGGAAGUUGAGCCUCGCGUUUCAAUGCUCUUAGUUGUUACGGAAAUAUACUUUGCUGUUUACUUUCUCCAUCUACGUCAGGGAUACGCUUCGCAAAUUUGGGUAGAGAUUGGAAAGAGCAAAAUCGAAAGUUAAGAGUCGGUUAGAACGUUUGAGAUCCGUUGUGUUGUAUUUUUCAACUUCAACAGAUCUUUCAGAAAUCGACAAGGAGUAAGAAGCAAGUCGUCUGAAAUCAUAUUGCUGGGUUUGUGUGUUUGACUGAGGAUCCUCCAGUUUCAAGAACUUCAAAGCGACAUCAACAUGGCCUCUCAUUAUAGAAACAUUAUGAAGGUAGAAACAAGUGGUGCUUCCCGGAGGACAGCAAAAGCUGAUGCGGAAAAUGACGAAGGGGUGCCUGCAUCUCACAGAAUGGCAGAGUAUGACCUUGCUGCCAUGGACAAGUACAAGGGUCUCAUAAUGAAGGUGGCAAAGAGGAAUGCAGUGGACCCAGCUGUCAUCUGUGGCAUCAUCUCAAGAGAGUCCCGGGCUGGGACAGGACUGGACAAGCACGGCAGGGGGGACAAUGGCAAGGCCUUCGGACUUAUGCAGAUUGACACCACCCCAGCCCCGAGCGGUGGCGGGCACACUCCAAAGGGGGAAUGGAACAGUGAGGAGCAUCUCCAACAAGGCACUGAAAUUCUGAUUGGGUUCAUCAAAAGAAUCCAGAAGAAAUUUAAUUCAUGGACCAAGGAGCAGCAACUGAAAGGGGGAAUAGCAGCCUACAAUAAGGGAGAAGACUGUGUAGAGUCAUAUGAGGAAGUGGACGCUCAUACCACUGGAGUGGACUACUCCAAUGAUGUUGUUGCCAGAGCUCAGUGGUUCUACUACCAUGGUUAUGCUGAAACAAGAAACUGUGGCAUUAUAGUAGCAGCUGCCGCAACAGCUAUAGUGGGAGGAGUUUCUGCUGUUGUCCUGGCACCAGUAGUCCUCACAGUGAUCGGGUUUGGUGCUGGCGGGAUUGCAGCUGGAUCAACAGCAUCAGGCAUGAUGUCUGCCGCGGCCAUAGCCAAUGGAGGUGGGGUAGCAGCAGGGAGUCUUGUUGCUGUUCUACAGUCAGCAGGUGCCGUAGGGCUCUCGGGGACGGCCACAGCGAUUGUUGGAAGUGCGGGAGCAGCCAUCGCAGGAGCAGUAGGAGGAUCUGUGGGAUGGCUCAAAACAAAGUUUUCUUAAAUGUUCCAUAGAGGCUUUGAAGAACACCUGUCAGUAGUGAAAUACACCCUCACGCUGUUGAUACUGCAUGCUUAAAGUAUUCUACUUGUCAACUGCCGUUAACUGCCGUUAAGAAAAACAGGUUUUCUGUAGGAAAGUCUAAAGUUCUUUGUGAGGAUUGUUCCCUAAUUUUGCAGUUGAAAUGAGCUCAAUGGUUCUACAGCCAUGGUUAUGGUAAAACAUUUUUUUACUGUUAUUGACCUUUGUAGACAUGUUGAAAAUUAUGAAUACACCCAGUAAUAAUUACACAACUUCAAACAUUCACAUCCAAGUUUCUUCUGUAGUUGAAUCUUUCAACAACUUGUCAUUGCGCAAUAUAAUUAAACAUUUCUUAUUUUCUGA